AUGGGGGGGUGGGGGCUGGCCCGGCUGCUGCUGGCCCUGCUGGCUGUGCUGGCCGUGUCCCCAGCGCGGGGACAGUUCGAGGGGGACCUGCAGAGUGACAGAUUCGCAGCCUACGAGGACAGAGCCCCCAGCAGGGUGAGGAGAAGGGGCCAGGACUCGCUGCGAGGGCUGAGCUCAUCCCCGUCCAUUCUGCUCGAGUUUCACAAUGAGAGAAAGGAGGGGUCACAAAUAACCCCAAAACUUCCCUGCCUCAUCCUUGGAAAUCCUCACAGACCUGGAUUUAGCCCAAAUGUCUGCGGCUCGAGGUUCCAUUCCUACUGCUGUCCUGGCUGGAAAACUCUGCCUGGGGGGAACCAGUGCAUUGUCCCCAUCUGCAGGAAUUCCUGCGGGGAUGGAUUCUGCUCCCGGCCCAACAUGUGCACCUGCUCCAAUGGACAGCUGUCCCCGAACUGCGGCUCUCCUGGAGUGCAGAGCUGCAGCGUGCGCUGCAUGAACGGGGGCAGCUGCUCCGAGGAGUCCUGUCUGUGCCAGAAGGGAUUCACAGGGACCUACUGCGGGCAGCCUGUGUGUGAGAACGGCUGCCAGAACGGGGGCAGGUGCAUCGGCCCCAACCGCUGCGCCUGCGUCUACGGCUUCACCGGGCCCCAGUGCGAGAGAGAUUACCGCACGGGGCCGUGCUUCAGCCAGGUGAACAACCAGAUGUGCCAGGGCCAGCUGAGCGGCAUCGUGUGCACCAAGAGCCUGUGCUGCGCCAGCAUCGGCCGCGCCUGGGGCCACCCCUGCGAGAUGUGCCCGGCACAGCCGCACCCCUGCCGGCGCGGAUUCAUCGCCAACAUCCGCACCGGGGCCUGCCAGGAUGUGGAUGAGUGCCAGGCCAUCCCUGGCCUCUGCCAGGGCGGGAAUUGCAUCAACACCGUGGGGUCCUACGAGUGCAAAUGUCCUGCAGGGCACCGGCAGAGCGAGAGCAGCCACCGCUGCGAGGACGUGGACGAGUGCGCGGCCGUGCCCGGGGUGUGUGACGGGGGCGACUGCACCAACACCGUGGGCAGCUACGUCUGCUCCUGCCCCCGCGGCUUCAGCAGCAGCGCCGACGGCUCCCGCUGCCUGGACCAGCGUUUGGGGACGUGUUUCUCGGCGCUGCUGGGUGGCCGCUGUGCCGGGGACAUCCCGGGCCAGGCCAGCAGGAUGCAGUGCUGCUGUGACUCGGGGCGCUGCUGGGCCAUCGGCCAGACCCCCGAGAUGUGCCCCGUGCGGGGCUCGGACGAGUACCGCAGGCUGUGCAUCGAGGGGCUCCCGGUGGCUCCAGGAUUCCCCGUGAACUUCCCGGCAAUUCCUGGGUUCGUGCCCAACGGGGUCGGGCCGGGACUGAACGGGCCCGGAGGGAUCGGCCCGAACGGAGCCAACGGGCAGGGCGGGAUCCCGGGGCUGCCCGGGAUGACCCCGGGGAGCUCCAGCAUCGGAACAGCCACGCUGAACCAGACCAUCGACAUCUGCAAACACUUCACCAACCUGUGCCUGAACGGGCGCUGCAUCCCCACCCCGUCCAGCUACCGCUGCGAGUGCAACAUGGGCUACAAGCAGGACGUGCGGGGCGAGUGCAUUGAUGUGGAUGAGUGCUCGAGCAGCCCCUGUGUGCACGGGGAUUGUGUCAACACGCCGGGCUCCUACCACUGCAAGUGCCACGAGGGUUUCCAGAGCACCCCCACCAAGCAGGCCUGCAUUGUGUGA